AUGUCGUUGAAUGGCUUGGAUGACGCGAAGGUCAAGGAAGCAUACGAUGCGGCAGUAGCUGAGCCCGGAGGAUGGUUCCUUCUUAAGUAUGCCUCGAGAGACGAAAUAGAAUUAAUGGGUCGUGGUAAUGGGGGAAUUGUGGAAAUAAGAAAUAAAAUUGGACAAUAUGAAGAACCAUCGCCGUUGUUCGGGUUUCUGCGAUACAGGCGACGGAACGUAGUCAUCAAAUAUGUGCCAGAUGGAUGCUCAAGACUGGUUCAAGCUCGCGUCACUGUUCAUUUUAAUGCUGUCACCGAAAAGUUCGCACCCUAUCAUACGAUAUUCGAAAUAACCACUGCGAAAGAGCUCCGUGAUACGACCCUGUCUGCCGCCUGCUCACUACAUACUGCUUCGGGAUCCGUUUCAUCGUCGACGAGUUCGUUGCGCCGACGACGUUUAAUGGAAAUUGCAGAGGACGAGGAGGAGGAUAUUAGAACAAAAAGACAAUCCACAGUUCAGGAGGAGCACCCCCCUACUGCACAAACUAUUACCUCAAUAUCGGACACCCAGCCAACAGUUGAUCCGACCACCCUGCCGGCCGAUCUGCCAAAUUCAUUUACUUUCUCUUCUAUGGUUGCAGAAGGGGACAACAGUCUUGAAACUUCUCCUCCACCACCACGAUCUAAAGCACCUUUGACCUUCGAUCUUGAUACCUCUCCGCCUCCUCCAAGGGAGCCGCGUGAACCUGAAUUCGGAUCAUUCUCACCUAUUGCAACCACUGACGAAGCACCUCGGACAUCUUCACAGUCCGCACGACCUGACCUGUACAGCCUUACAUCUCACGAGUUUACCGGCAGACCUAAAGUUAGACUUGGACCUCGCCCUUCUCUCGAUGUUGGCAAAACUACUACAUCUGGAGGAGCCCCUAACUGUCGUCCAGUGUCAACGCUUCCACAGGGAUUGAAAGCAUCUACAAAGGGAGGGUCAAAAAAGGGGCGGGCGAGUUUGAACUCGCAGGAGUCUGAAGAGCCACCCAGUAUGAGUUUGUCACCACCCUCUAUUCCUGAAAAUGGAACUCUACCCACGUUUUUCCCUUCUCGCCCUCAUACAAGUGGGGGACGACCAAACACCAGCUCUGGGGUUUCGGUUCGAACAACAUUGUCAACGAAUUCUGCCACCCCCAAUGCAAAAGUCCCAACAAUUACGCCAGAGAAGGCAAGACUCAUGAAGGCUAUGGAAAUGCGAAAGAGGCAAUUGAGUGCUGGUGCGCCUGCGCAAAUACCACCCACUUCUCCAAACUCCUCGACAUCUCCAAGAAAUCUCGAGAUACCCUCUGCCCUGAGCCCUGGCACGCCACAAGGCGCUCCACAGGAGAUUCAAGAUACCUUGGCUUUGCUAACUGAUAUGGCCAAAGCAGAUCAAUCCGCGAUUGCCCUCGAUACAAGCUUCGCUAUGAAAACGGACGACUCAGACGCUACAAGAUCCGAUUCCUAUCCGGUAUCACCCAUUGGACCUUCAGAAAAAGCAGAAUCGACAAGAGCGUCUUCUAUCUCGGAGUCCACGGAUGAGACCGUUCAAGAAGCACUUUCUACGAAAGUAGUGACGAAAGAUAAUAUGGCUGAAGAAUUGUCUCCUAGUACUUUAUUAGAGAGUACUGGGAACGAGCCAGCCGUAACAAUAUCACUGCAAAGCCCAGAACCAGACGACGAAAGCAUCAAUCCCGACCAACUUCAAGGCAGCGAGGAACCAGCUAGCAGCUCUAGUCACCCUGUCUCCAAAGAUACCAUACAGGAUGACCUCACGGUCGCCACCUCUCCCCUUGGCGAAGAACACAAUACCAAAUCUGAAGCGUCUGCAGAACCUUUGCAAACUUCCGCUAGUGAGCCUGUUUUCAAUACAGUUGACAAGCCUCUGAAGGAUAGUCCUUUCGACCCUGGGUACAAUUUAUCACAGAAGAAGAAAAUCCAUAACAUUGAGCCAAUUCGAACCAGUUUCGAUAUAAGUGGCCCUAACUCUGAGAAUAAUUUCUCCUCAGAUGACGAACUUAUGGAUGAGCUGCAGUCUGCAGUGAUCCAAGAUGCAAAGCCUAUGUCGGUGGGCAAAUCGCCAAUUAGUCCUUUGUUUCCUCAGCCUACACAAAAUGAGAUCAAGUUUUCAAGAACUGUUUCAAGUCCAUUACAAUCAGUCAAUCCAAUUCCUCCACCUCUUACUGCCAUGCCUGGUGGUGACCGACCUGUUUCUCGACCUGUUUCGGCAUCUGCAAACUUUUUGAACCGCCUAAGCAUGCAACCUGCUGCGGCACCCGUUGUUUCUAAGAAGAUUAGUGUAGGAUCUGGUGUUGCGAACAGGAUUAAAGCCUUUGAGAAGUUUCAAAAUCUAGCUCCAGAAUCUUCUGCAGCGCCAUCCACACUGGGACCAAAUCCAUCUGCGUCACCUGCAUUUUUUUCCGUUAGAAGAAGUAGUGUACUUGUUCCAUCGAGAGCUCCUUCUAUUGCCGAACGAACAAAUUCCUUGAAUAAGAAUACACCAAGUCCUAGUGUAUCGAGAGAUGGAUCACCAGAAGUUGCUAAAGGACGUGAAAGGUCAAACUCUGUCCAGAAAAGAGUGGCCAUGUUGAAACCGACUCCUGUUUCUGACCUCAAGUCGACUCGAUCUCGACCUGAGACUGUCCAGGUAACCGCUCGCAUCGUCAGAGAUCCUAAUCAACCGUUUCCUCAAAAGCCAGAAGCUGGCAAAGAUCCUUUAGAUUAUACAUCUCCGCCAUUGACAGAAUCCCCAUUGAUCAUAGAUCACCAGAAGGCGGUUUCUAGUCCUCCAAAAGAGAAAGAGGCCGCACCCGAAAGGCGUUUAUCAACGUCAUCUAAAACUACCACAACUACUAAUAACGAGAGACGAUCAUCUAUCGCAAUGGUCAAAGACCUCAUCAACGAUAGUCGUUCUUCAUUUUCCGAGCGUCGGCGUUCUUCUACUAUCGAACCUUUCGCAUCCUCUCCGACUGUCAAGUCGCCAUCAAAAUCUUCAUCCACUGAUGUUACAUCCCCUGUUCGUAAAUCUCGUCCAUCCUCCGUCAGCAGUCGUCGUAGUCUUGAUCGUUCUGAAUUCUCUCCACCACCAACGGCUAGCUCAGCGUCUUCCGGGAAUGACGAGAAGUCGGACAAAAAGUCUGGCCGCGCAAGUCGUAUGAUGAAGCGUAUGUCUUCAUCAUUAUCUUCAAGUCGCAAAGCUAUUGCCCAUGCUAUCUCACCUACAGUUCGUGAGGAAUCAGAGCCCCCCGUUUUCCCUGAUUCGGAGGCUUCACUUGUUCCAUCAUUGGCAGCCUCGCCCACAAUUGCUCAUGAUUUUGGAGAUGUCAACGUUCAAUUUCCUGAUAGUCUUUUAUGGAAGCGUAGAUCAAUGGUCUUGGAUUCCCAAGGACUUCUUAUUAUCACAGCUGGUGGAAAUGACAAAGGAGCAACACGUAGAUUUCACCUUGGUGAAUUUAGAGCUCCUGAAAUACCCGAUGUUGAUAUGCAAGAAUUACCAAACAGUGUUGUUCUGGCUUUCUUAGAAGGUGGUGAGCUGCAAAUUGCAUGUGAGGAUCGAGCUGGUCAGGGACACACUUUAAGUGUUCUACGAGAAGCUCAUGGACAUUGGUCAACCUAUGGACAAUAA